GGCCUCCCUCACCCGCCCACCACUUGCUUUCUGCCCAGUGUGCGAUAGGAGCAGAGACGCAACAGGAAAGAAGAAGAAGAAGAAGAAGAAGGAGAAAGGCCUAAACAGUCCGAUCUUCCUCUUCGUCGUUGCCUCCUCCCAAAUCUAGAGCGACCACCAUGCUGCGUCUGGGAGGCCUCUUGGCCAGACGCUCCACGGCGGCUCUGACCACCGGUAGCGUGAGAAUGGCGAGCCAAAGUCACGAGGUCUCCGAGAUGACGGACAUGUCUCAGCCGAUGUACUGGGAUCGUAGGGAUUCCCCGCUGCCCGACAGACCCUACAAGGAGGCGCUGACCGCUGCAGAGAAGAGCCUGAAACAGAAGGAGAAAGGGCCCUGGGGCCAGCUGAGCAAAGAGGAGAAGAUCGCCUUGUAUCGGAUGUCGUUCAACGAGACGUACCCGGAGAUGAAUCAGGGGAGCGACGAGUGGAAGACCGUCGUCGGGGGCAUCUUCAUCUUCCUGGGCUUGACCGGCCUGGUGGUCUGGUGGCAGAGCAUCUACGUCUACCCUGCACACCCCCACACCUUCGAGGACGAAUGGCAGGCGAAGCAGCUGAAGAGGAUGCUGGACAUGAAGAUGAACCCCGUCCACGGCCUCGCCUCCCAGUGGGACUACGAGAAGGGCCAGUGGAAGUGAAGAGGGGAGAUCUGGACGGUGGCCGAGGAGGCGCAGAGUCGGCGCUGACGUCGGCCUGAAUCUGAAUUCUCAAGUUAUCGUUGUUAAACCCACUAGAAAGAUGAAGCCGAAUCCACUGCCUCUCUCUGUGUUCACCCUCCGGCUACGUCCAGAUUCAAGUGGCCUUCUCUCAUCAGGGAUAUCUGUCCCCGUCCCGUCCUGUGUAACCAUAUAAAAAAUAAAGAUUUGCUCACGUCCGUGUCCUGCUUCUUUAUUAUGAGGAGAAGUACCAAGAUCUAGAGGAACAUUACAGCCAAACCAGGACAAACCAGAGAGAAAUCCUGCACUUAUUACUUUACUCCUGCAUUUGUUUUUUACAUGAAAUAAAAUAAUAUUUCUGCACAGAAAUGAUUCAAAAUAUCAGGUUUUCACACAAGUCCUGAAAGUAGACAAAUGAAAAUUAGAUAUUAUAUAAGAAAAUGAGCCAAUAUUACAUAUCUGAGCGAGCGCCUCCAGGAUUACAAGCUAAUUUUAGGGCCAAAUUAGUCAGUGUUUAGUUUAAAAUGAGGGAUUUGCCCCAGUCUAACACAAAGGUUGUACCUUAACCUCCUGAAACCCUGCGUCCUCAUAUGGGGAUGCAAAGUUUUAGGUGUGUGGCAGCUUAUUCUUACUAUAAAUACUAUAGUUAUAACCCAUAAUAUCAUGGCACAGACAACGCAGCUUUCCAAAGACAUCGUAAAAAGAGUUUGAAAACAUUUAUACACCAUCUUCACAGAAUAUUUAUACAGAAAACCUGUGUGUGUUAACUGAGCUGUCCCCAAAUAAGCACCAAUACUAUUUAACACCUGAGGGUAAAUUCACUAAUGAGAACUUUUACCUGAAUACUUUCAAUGCAUGCAAACCUCUAGCAACAAAGACUGAGGGAGUGUAAUUACUGCUUUAAAUACAUGAACUUAUCAAGGCGAAUGCAUUUACGAAAACUAAUAAGAACCAGAGAAAUCGCCUCCUGGCUUCAAAAGACAUUUAACUAAGAGAAGCAAUAAAUAUAACAGAAUAAUAUUUAAAUGCAAAAAGAUUGAAAUUAAUGAUUGUAUGUUGUUAUGAUGCCAUAUAAACAAGAUAUAAUGUGUUUAACUCUGCAUUAUCUGUGCAUUUCAAUACUUUCUGUAUAUAUGUCACUACUUGUAUUUUUUUUUUUUAUCGUACUUUGUCUUAUUAUUUAUGUUUUAUACAGUCCACUCUUUAUUCUUGUUAUUUUUCUGCUGUUGCAAAUUGAAAUUUCCCCAUUGCAGGACAAAUAAAAGUUUUCCCGAAUCUAAUUCUAAUUCAUCACUUUCAUUUAUACACCUGCUUAUUAUAUAACUUUAUAUUAUAGAUCUUCUACACUCUUCACAGAUAAAUCAUGACACUGUCAUUCAUUCAUUAGCUGUUUAAAUUAGCUUCAUAUUCAUAGUUGAGGUUCGGCAGUGACCCGUAAACCGUCCACAGAAGCAGUUUUAAAAAGGGUUACACUGGGUACAGUCUAUAUUUUUUUGCAUUAAUACUCUCAGUACAUUUUGCUAAUAAAAUAACUGCAUGCAAACCUGCAGCUAUAAAAACUGAACUGCUUUAAAUACAUUUGCUUAUCAAGACGAAUGCAUUUAUGAAAAACUAUUAAGAACCAAUUAAAUUGUCCUCUGGCUUCAAAAAGGCAUUUAACUAAGAGAAGUAAUAAAUAUAAUAGAAUAAUAAUAACAAUAAAUAAUAUAUUCAAAUGCAAAAGCUUGAAAUUAUGGAAAACAACAGGUCCUUUUUUUAUUUUGAUAUUCUUUAAAUUUUACUCCAAGGAAAAGUACCGUCAGUGUCUAGACUCCGCCGACCACAGUUCUUGUUAUAUUAUAUUAUUGUUGACCUUUCUUUACCCGAGCGACUCACAUUCCCUCCCAUCAGUUUACCAGACAUUUGGGACAUUUUUUUUUUCUUCUUAUUUCUACAUCUCGUAAUACUCGCUCCACAAAUUCAUAAAAUAAUUCAGAAAGGACACGGAGGCCUGGGUACAUCUUUCAGUAUUGGGAUUUAUUAGGUACAACUUUACAAUGGCAGUCUAAAGACAAACAAAGACACCGUAGGACACGUUCAUGUUUGCAAUCUUUAAAAUGUUGUAUUCAACGGGAAUACUUCGGAGACCAGCUUUUUUUUUUUUUUUUAUUAUUUUUUUAUUUUUAAAUUUUGUUGUUUUUUUUUCUUUCUUUUUUUUUUUUUUUUUUUAGUUUUGGAAAAUAUGUCGCUUUGCUUGCAUUUUCCUGUCUAGAAGUAGCUGUUCAGUAAUCCUAAGAAAACAUGAGUGACGAUGGAACAAUGAUGCAGAAGUGGAAUUUAAGGCCAUUUGAAGGGACACAGCUUUAUUUUUUUUUUUUUCCUUUUUUUGAACACCAUAUAUAAAUAAAGUUUAAAAGCCGGAAUUGUUUUUCCUUAAAUAUGCUACUAAGCCUAGUUCUAGUCUAAUCAGUUAAAUAACUAGCAUAUAUAUAUAUAUUUAUACAUAUAUAUAUAUAUACACACACAUAUAUAUAUGGAUAUAUAUAUAUAUAUGUGUGUGUGUAUAGGGUCGUGCCAAUGCGGUCAUACUUCAUUUUUUGCCUCCUUCAAAAACAUUUAACUAGAAAUUCACACGCAUGCCCACACACACUCACAUACACACACACACACAUACAUAUAUAAUGUGUAAGAGGAGAAAAUGUUUUGAGUGAGAACCCAGACGGGAGGAAAAAAACAGUUUUCUCGACUGGGCGUACACUAGAAAAAUAGAUAUAUAAUUUACUGGAAUGUACGACAGCAGAACGCGGCUAAGGAGACGCUCAGGGUUGAACUCAACAAUAAUCAAUGCAGAGUUUUUUUGUUUUUUUUUUCCUUUAUGUUUUCUUUCGUGUGUUUCUUUGUGUUUUUCCUUUUUUUUUUUUGUAUUUUUUUUGUGUUUUUUUUCCCCGCUGAAAUAUUUGUUCCGAAGACAAAAACUGAGAAAUCCACGAUCGGUAAAUGCGCAUGAUUUUGUGAAU